CUGAAAAUCAUGUUUUCUAUCUUAUAGGCAUGGAUGGAUUUUUAAAAUCAGAUGAGAGACAAAGAUUGGCCAAAGAGAGACGAGAAGAAAGAGAAAAGUGUCUGGCUGCCCGGGAACAGCAGAUCUUAGAGAAACAGAAAAGAGCCAAACUUCAGUAUGAAAAACAAAUUGAGGAGCGAUGGAGAAAACUUGAGGAGCAGCGUCAGCGGGAGGAUCAGAAGAGGGCUGCGGUGGAAGAGAAGAGGAAGCAGAAGCUCCGAGAGGAAGAGGAACGUCUGGAAGCAAUGAUGCGCCGGUCCUUGGAGCGCACACAGCAGUUAGAGCUGAAAAAGAAGUGUUCAUGGGCAGGAUCACCAGCCUCAGGGCCUGGAGGACGUGAUGGUGAAUCAGAAAAUACCCCACCCCUUCCUCUAACUUUAACAGCCAGCACCCUCCCUUCGGACACAGGGACCACUACAGCUGCUGUCGAGUCCACCAACGCAUGUGACAAACUUUCAACAUCAACAAUGAAUUUGCAAAAGCAGACGGAGCCUCCUAUGAGUAAACGCCUGUCUUCAUCCACCGUGGCAAUAUCUUAUUCCCCAGACCGAGUAUUCAAUGCCUGUCCUCAUGUAGCUCUCGGCAGCCCCCUCAAAUCUUCAUACAAGGCUUCUCCAACCCGGACCAUUGAGAGAAAGAAGGGUAUACCUACAUCUGGUGUGGGAGAUGCUGGGAAGGGAGUCGUGACAGGUGCCGAGUCUUCUCAGAUGGAGAAAGUGAAGAAGGGACGGGUGACAACUUCUGUUUCCACUGGGGGUCUUGGGUCCCCACUGAGAAGAUGUGAGCCUCCUGAAGACAUUCCUAAGAGGUCAUCUUCUCCUGUGAAAUCCAAGACAACUUCAAAAGCAUAUCCACAGUCUCCAAAGACAGUGAAGCCCCUGUAUAUAGGGUCUCCUGUGAAGUAUCAUUUUCCUCCCAUUCCCAGUGAAGAAACACUCAAGAAAAAGGCAGAGAAGAAGAGCAAUAAGGAAAAGGAAGGUGUCACUGGUCAGCAGACCACUGGCCUACCCAGAGAAGAAACCCUAGAGAAGCACAUGAUUGACAAGUAUGCCACUGAGAAGCAUGUGGUUGAUAAACAUGCCACUGAGAAGUAUGUAUCUGAUAAGCAUGCUACUGAGAAGCAUUCUACCACAGGAGGGAAGGCUGAACACAGUGCAGGAAAACCCACAGCAGGUACCACUGAUGCAGGGGAGGCUGCAAAGAUCCUAGCUGAAAAGAGACGCCAGGCUCGGUUACAGAAGGAACAAGAGGAACAUAAACGAUUGGAGAAGGAAGAACAGGAGAGGCUGGAAAAAGAGGAAUUGAAAAGAAAGGCAGAAGAGGAAAGGCUGCGCCUAGAGGAAGCCCGUAAGCAAGAAGAGGAAAAGAAGCAACAGGAAGAAGAGAAAAGAAAAGCAGAAGAGGAGGCAAAACAGAAGGCUGAGGAGGAACUAUUGUUAUUGUCAAAAGAGAAGCAAGAAAAGGAGAAACAAGAAAAAGGCAUGAUCAAAAAUCAGAAAGAAGCAACAGAAGCAAAGGCACAGGAGGCAGCUAAACAGAUGCGUUUAGAAAGAGAACAAAUCAUGCUGCAAAUUGAACAAGAACGACUGGAGAGGAAGAAGAGAAUAGAUGAAAUCAUGAAGAGAACAAGGAAGAGUGAUGCAUCUCUAGAAGUGAAGAAGGAAGACCCCAAAGUGGAGAUUGAGCCCAUGGCAGAUGCGGAAAAUAAGAGAAAACCAGUUGUCCCCCAAAAAAUAGAAAUCGAUGGACUGAACAUCUGCCAGGAAAUAAAUAGCUCAGAUCAUGCUGCUCCAGAAAACUUUCCCCAAGACAUUUUCUCUAAUGGCCUUAAACCAGUUGGGGCACCUGUUCAUCUGGAGGGCCUUGAUGGGAAAUCAAACAGUCUUGAUGAUUUAACUGAAGGAGUUCAAUCUAUGGAUGUGAGUCCUGUUUCCAAAGAAGAGCUUAUCUCCAUCCCAGAGUUUUCACCAGUGAGUGAAAUGAUUCCUGAGAUGUCUCUGGACCAAAAUGAAACUGGUAAUGCCCGGGCACUUCAAGAUAUUUUAGAUUUUACUGGGCCACCUAUGUUCCCCAAGAAAUCCAGUGAAAAUCUCAGCAUUGAUGACUGUAACAAAAACCUCAUCGAAGGAUUUAACAGUCCUGGGCAAGAAACUACUCUGAACACCUUCUGUUGACAAAGACAGCAUUCCUUUAAUGAAAGGUGGUGUUUGGAUUACCCAUGAAGCUGUUGGUGUUAAAUCUGAGCUGCUAGCCACCUGAAGAAGCUUCUUUCGCCCUUAACCGCUGGAUUCCAAAUUACUACAUCAGAAUGUAACU